AUGGGUUAUAGCAAGCAACAUUUUCUUCUAAUCCUAGUUUCUUUCAGGAUUUCAAAGGCAAAGCUGAACACAUCAGUAAAUGAACUGACCGGUGUAGAUUCCUUUGGCGGCGAUGAAAAGUUCCUUCUGGUAGCCAUUGCGUUAGCCAAAGUCGAGGAAGCGGAAUCUUGCCAGACGCUUCUAGUGUUCACGCUCCCAGCUCCGUGCAGCACGAAACUGAAGAAAAUUUUGGAUAUAUUUGUCCUGGAAUUCAAAUCUUGGCUGAAAUGGGUUUUGCUGUUUGUGCUGAAAUAUUUGAUCUUUUGA